GGGCGUAAGCUGACGCCGGGGUGGUGAAAUCCAAGCCCCGCGCAUGCGCACAACAUACAGCCGCCUGCUCAGCCAGUCAGUCACGUGUCGGCCGGGUAGUGUUGAUCGAGUCUCCGUUCUUUGGGGACGCCUGCGUCAUGACGUCACAACCCGGAAGAUGCUAGAGCUUGCGAUCCCUCCAGCGACCACGAGGGGACUGAGUUUGCACCCCACAGUCCCAGUCCCAGACCCGGCCCGGCCAUGCUGUUCCGCUUCGGGGUGGUGGUGCCGGCGCGGAUGACUGAGGGUGGCGUGGCGCUGCUGGUGGCCGGCUCGCGGCCGGAGCUGGGCCAGUGGGACCCCCAGCGCGCGGUGCCCAUGAAGCUGGCGCGCCCCACAGCGCCGCGGCCCGCCCAGGAGCCGGCGCUGUGGCUGGCGGGGGCGGCGCUGCCAGACCACGAGGCCGCCGCCCUCUUCUGGUAUAAGUUCCUGCAGCGGCAAGGCGGUGACGUCACCUGGGAAGGUAAUGGACCUCAUCAUGACCGAUGCUGCGUUUACAAUGAAAGCAACUUUGUAGAUGGAGUUUACUGCCUCCCAAUAGCACACUGGAUCGAAGUUUCUGGACACACUGAUGAGAUGAAGCACACAACUGACUUCUAUUUUAACAUUGCAGGCCAUCAAGCCAUGCAUUACUCCAGAAUUCUGCCAAACAUCUGGCUGGGAAGUUGCCCUCGGCAGGUGGAGCAUGUGACUAUCAAGCUAAAACAUGAACUGGGUGUUACAGCUGUAAUGAAUUUCCAGACUGAAUGGGAUAUCAACCAGAAUUCAUGGGGCUGCAACCGCUAUCCAGAACCCAUGAGUCCAGAAAUCCUCAUGAAACUGUAUAAGGAGGAAGGGCUCGCAUAUGUCUGGAUGCCAACUCCAGACAUGAGUACAGAAGGAAGAAUUCAGAUGUUGCCUCAGGCUGUCUGCCUUCUGCAUGGGCUGCUAGAGAAUGGACACAUUGUCUACGUUCAUUGCAAUGCCGGCGUUGGCAGGUCCACAGCUGCAAUCUGUGGUUGGUUAAAGUAUGUGAUGGGAUGGAACCUGAGAAAGGUGCAGUACUUUGUGGCCUCUAGAAGACCAGCUGUCUACAUAGAUGAGGAAGCUCUGGUUCGUGCUGAAGAUGAUUUCUAUCAGAAAUUUGGACCUCUUCGUUCUUCAUGCAAACCUUAGUGGUAGAACAGCAGAUAGGGGUGAGGAGGAAAGAGAAGUAGUAUUGCCAACCCCAAACAUUGAAAAUUCACGAGCUGCAAAAUUAGAAACUUGUCUUCAAGAACAUGACAUUUAUAAAGAAAUAAAGAUAUCCAAUAGAAGGCAAAUACAGAGACACCCUAGAUUUUUUUUAAGCUUUUAUGUGUUUUUCAGGGUUUCUCUGAGACAAUGGGAGCUGAAAGCUCAGAUUCUGAGAUUCUGGUUCAAGAGUUGGAGCCAUAAGAAAAACACCAAAUAUCGAAAGACUCGUGAUAGAAUUGUAGGAGUUGGCAGCACAACAAUAAGGAGAAGGGCAGGGGUUCCUAGAGGUGCUAGAUAAAUAAAAGGGGACUGUGUGAUUUUGAGAUCUUUGGGUUGGUAGUUAGGAGGUUUGAGCCAUUUCAGUUACAGCAUGCUUUAGUGGUGUGUUUACCAAGGACUUUAUAAUGAAACAGUAUUUUUAACAAAGUGCAAAAGAAAAUGAAUUUAUUUAAUUUGGUUUCUAUAACAAACAGGAAGCUAAACACAAUUCACUUUGAGAGAAAAAAUAGUUUUUUCUCUCUUUAGGUUUAUAGUCAAUAUGAUUUACUAAACUUUACAGCUGCACUUUAUUGUGACAUAUAUGUUUUGGUGUUCAGCAAAAGAAAAGAAGAAAAACUCACCUAUACAGACUUAUUGUACUGCAAGAGAGAGCUACUAUUUAUUAGGUUAUCCUAGACUGUGAGUUCUCUAGGUCAGGAACUCAUUUUGUCCUCACUGUCUGUGCCAUAUCUAACACACCAGGGCCCUGAUCUUUUAGAACUUACUAAUGGGUUAAGUUAAAGUGAUAGAAGUUGAUCUGGUGAGGCUCUCUGCAGUCUGUGCUGCCAUGAUAACAGCCAGAGAGAGUUUCCCGGAUGUAGUAGCCAUUCUCAUUGUCCUGGCUGGCCUGGUCUGGAUGUUCUGCAACAGCAAGAGCAUCUUGUCUGUGUGGGAGACAGGACUUCCCAUUGCUGUUCAGACACUGCUGGUUUUGGUAAACUAGAAGUGGCCUUAAUAGACUUCAGAGCACAAACCAGCCCAUCUCAGACAAAAAUAGGUACAGAUGCUCAUGGCCUUGACCAAAGGGAUUGGAGAAUUUCCUCUGCUGAGAAUCUGAAGUGGAUAGGAGCAGGGAGUAGAAGGGAAGCAGCCCAAGUUCCUCAUUAAAGAUGCACAGUGAUUAAAGAAAGUAAUUUUGUAGGCCAAUGAUUCAGUUAAUUUUUUUCUCUUUUUUGUAGCCAAAUUAUUUGCCCAUGUGAAGAUUUAUUUGGUGCCAGUGUAGUUUGUUUUAGCCAAUGCAUGUGUCCUUAAUGAUAAGAAUAUGGUAACCUUUGGGGACUUAUUGUUGCUAUUGCCAUUAUUAUAUUCUCUAAAUUGUUCAUGGAGAAUGGCCAGCAUAGCCUGUUCCCUUUACUUUCUACCCAAACACUCCCAAGUGUGAAAAUGCUAGUGAAAAGUAUUUAAAAUAAGUGUUCAAACAUCAUUUUAUUUUUUAUUUCUGGUCUGAAAUAAUAAUCAGCAUCUGUUUAAAAAGUAAAUGAAACUAGAAUAAUUGUCAAAUAAAACCCAAUUCCAGGUCUA